AUUUAUUUAUCGCGUAAAUUACAAUUUCGCCCUCUCCCAAACAAAGACUUUUUUAGGAGCUAAAAGAUCUCUUCUCUAAUUUCAGACGAACACACUCAGAAAAAUCUCCCUCUGAAAGGUUAUUUUGACGCAACCAUGGCUUCCUUCAGAACAUUUUUGAACAGUCCCGUUGGUCCCAAAACAACUCACUUUUGGGGUCCGGUAGCUAACUGGGGAUUCGUUAUUGCUGGAUUGGUUGACAUGCAGAAACCUCCAGAAUUGAUCUCCGGAAAUAUGACUGCAGCAAUGUGCGUGUAUUCGGCGUUGUUCAUGAGGUUUGCGUGGAUGGUUCAGCCUCGAAACUAUUUGCUGCUUGCGUGCCAUGCUUCAAAUGAGACGGUGCAACUCUAUCAGUUCUCUCGUUGGGCCAAAGGUCAAGGGUACUUGACGGAAAAGAAAGACGAGGCCUCGUCUCAGUGAACUUCUUUUUUUCUUAUUUAAAAGAACAAGGUCUCCAGAGGCCUAGACCUCAACAGGACCCACCAGCCGAAGAAGUAGAUAACUGUCGAGGCUUGCAAAAACUUGAUUUGUGGGUACAUGUGAUUAUUUUCUUAGGUCGUUAUACUUUGUAUUUGAGGUACUAUCAAAGUCUAAAGACAAGUUUAAUUUGGUUAGAUCAUGGUUCAUUGUUGUACCUCUAUUCUGCAGUGAACUGAUUUAUUUUGUUA